AUGCUCCAGGGGAUCCGGGUCACCGAAAAGCUCCACUGGCCUGAGCAAGAGUUCACGAACAAAAGCCUCCUGAACCCCGGAGACAAACUGGUCUUCGACUACGACAACGUCUCCCAGCUGCCUUCGGGGGUCCUUAAGGACAUCUUCACCACCGGGACCAGCAGCUACAAUGUCCUGCUCCAGUCCAAAGAGGAGAAGAAGAACCAGCCCCAGAAGCCGACCUCCCCAGCCCACCACAAGCGGCACCGCAAGCCCGCUCGGUCCCCCGGCUCCCCGCACGGGAAGGAGCGGCACAAGAUCCAGGUGCCCCGGCCCCUGACCAGCAACGGCUGGUGCUACCUCAACAAGCAGCCGUCCAUCUUCGUCAACAACCCGCUGUCCAGCAACGUCAAGUUCCCCAACAGCUUCACCGUGACGGGCUGCCACCUGACCCCCAAGGCCAAGACCAAGGCCAAGAGGCACUGCUUCUCCACGCUGGCCAAGCCCAAGCAGCCGCCCACCGUGCCCAAGAACUUCGAGAAGGGCGAUGACCCCGCCAGGAGGCUCUGCAUCCUCACGGCCAUCAAGCCCACCAACCUGGAGAAGGAGAAGGCCAAGUUCUUCAAGGCCGAGUUCGCCUACAACCCUCAGUUCGAAUACGCCAACCCCACCUUGCCGGCCAUGCUGGCCAAGCACGGCCAGGCGUCCGACCGCUUCCUCAAGCAGUCGGUCAAUAUUAUGGAAAGAACUUUACAGAGAUAUGGAAGUUAUGAAAACUUCGAACAGGCCAACGGAGGUUCCUUGUUGUCUAAAACCCGCAUCUGGAGUCACGUCAGGAAGUAUAUGACAAAGGAAGGCUGCCUCGGGGAGAUUGUGGUUCACCUCACUGAAGAUCUGCUUUCCCGGGCGUCGAUGACCGUGGUCAAUGGCUGUCCAACCCUCACUAUCAACGUCUCCACUGCCCGGGAACACUGGCUGGAGGGGAUGCUGAGGCACGAAAUAGGGACUCACUACUUCCGAGGGAUUAACAACCUCCAGCAGCCUUGGUGCAACUGGACGGGCCGGAAGAAGUACGGCCUGCGGCCGAACAACCCCACGGAGGAGGGGCUGGCCAGCAUCCACAGCGUGUUGUUCCGCAAGGACCCCCUCCUGUGGAGGGCCGCCCUCCUCUACUACACGGUGUACCAGGCCAGCCAGAUGUCCUUCCGGGAGCUCUUCCAGGACGUGGGCAAGUUUGUCAAGGACCCCAAUACUCGAUGGGACUACUGCGUGCGAGCCAAACGGGGAUGGACCGACACUUCCCAGCCAGGUUGUUUCAACAAAGACCAAGUCUACUUGGAUGGCAUCCUCCAGAUCCUGAGGUACAGGGAGUCCAUCGACUUCCACUUGCUGACCACCCUGGGCAAGGUGUCCUUCGAGGACGUGGAGCGCCUGAAGGCUCUGGCCGUCACCGAGAACCUGAGGGUCCCGCAUUUCCUGGAAGACAACGAACGCUACAUGGAGCAGUUGCAGAAAAUCAUGGAGGUGAACGAGCUGACCGACAAGGAACUCCAAGACCUCAUCUAACAGCUGGGCUGCCCCUACAGAGAGCUAUCCCCCCCCCCGCCCGCGCUGGGCCGCUCCCAAAGUCUAUGAAGGCCUCCAGCCGCACGCAGUCAGGGUCUUCACUGAGCAAAAUCUGCCAUUUUCCUUCAGCGAUGUUUUUUAAGUGCUUUAAAAUACAAA